AUGGCUGGCCGCCGGUCCAACCGUGCUGGCCCCGCGUUCAGCGGCAAUAACCUCAUCCAAUCUAAUCCAUUACCACCACUAACUGCGAUCCCGAGUUUUUCUUACGGCUCCCCUCAAUCAGCCCUACCGAAACCCAUGAGCGCCAGAGAUACAAAGGUCAACAUGACAGAUGCACUCGACAGAGCUGACGCUGCUGCAAAAGCUCGUCUCGAGGCUGCUGCGAAAGAACGAAAACUGGCCGAACAAAGAGCUGCUGACGCUGCUGCAGCAGCCGAAUCUGCCAGGCAGUCUGCUAGACAGAUUUCUGAAGAACCUCCAAUGACGGCUCGGAAGCGCUCACUGCGUAGCCAGAGCGUCGUAUCCCAAGACGAUAACUUCUACGAAGGUGAUGAGACUAGCCUCGAAAUCCACCGUAUUAUUGAAAGCGCUAGGAAUCCCGUCCCGGAAGCCUCUAUGCUGAGAGCCAGGAGCGCCAAUGCUGGUACUAAGGAGCCUCGGUCCGCAAUGAAAGGCUCUAGAGAGGAAGCCCUGCGCCCGUCCGCGAAGACUCGAGCUAAAUACACGGCGGGAUCCAGGCGAACCGUACCUAUGACACCCGUCCCUAUCGAUGGGGAGAGGGAUGUCACGUUUGACGAAGAAAACCAGGCCCUCGGCAUCGCACCGCGCCUCGCCUCGCCUUCUUUCGUUUCGCCCUCUCCCGCCCCGCAACCCUUACACGAAGACGUCCCACCCGCAGGUAACGACGUUUUCAACAACCGACAGAACUCGCCACCUGAUACUGUCGGGUACAACGAAGGAAUUUCCAACCUUCCCAUGAGCCCUGCCAGCCCUAACGACGACCCUAGCAGACCAAAAACUUCAUUACUUAUUUCCCAGCAGGCAUCAGUCACUACUUCCUGGUUUUCUCCUGCUAAAACAGGUCUUAACUCUAUCAUGGGCGGUAUCCAGAAGACUGCCGUUAUUCUUGGAAUAUUCUUCAGAAAUCUAUUCGGCCCGUUGCUUUACUAUCUCCUUCUUGGGUUUUUUAUAUUUGGAAUCACCACUUUGUCUUACAAUUUUAUCCAACGCUCGUCCUACUCAACGUCAACCCCCCCCAGCUCCUCGGAUGAAUUGAUCUAUCGGUUAAUGGCCCUCGAAAAGCAGGUAGUUGAAUUCCAGAAAGGACAAGAGCUAGAGAAAAAGUCAUACAAGACCAUGGAACAGCAGUUGGUUUCGAUCAGAGGUGCUAUGGCAACAUAUUCGUCUGUAUCAUCCCAGCUAGAUAAGCACACUCGGAACUACCAAACGGAUCGACGUGCUUCUUCUGCAGCCAUGUCAACGAUGAGCGCACAGAUUGACCAAUUCGACAGGUCUAUCAAACGAAAUGAUGAGGCCGCGAAAGAACAACAGGGAAACUUAAAAAUCGUAGCCAGCCAAGUCACCGAAAUACAGGGUGAAAUCGAAGGUAUCAACAAAGGCAUUCAAAUCCUCCAGAAAUCUCAGGAACUCAGCGAAAGGGCUUUCCAACGUAUCGAGGAAUCGUUACCUAAACAACUCGCUGCUCGUGUCGACCCGCAGACAGGGAAGCUUAUUGUAGCCCCAGAACUCCUGCGCUACCUACAAACUGUCCUGAGAGAAGAUAUACAGAACGAAAUGAUCAGAUUUGCCCAAACCCAUGGCGGAUCGUCCGCGGCUGUACGAUCGAACAGUGAUAGUUAUAACUGGCAGGAUUUCCUAAAAACGAAUGCCGCAAAACUUCAGGGCUAUAUUGGGGAUAUAUCGGAAGAAAAAUGGCGUAAAGCUAUCUCAGAUGGAAUUGUGGUUACACGUGAAGAUAUGAUGAAGGUUAUUCGAGAACAGUUAGAUUCGGCGCGAGGAGUGGCCGAAAGGAAUAACAAUGAUUUGAUGAGAAAACUUGUGCUUGAGGCAGAAGGCGUCGCAAAUAACGCGGCCUCCAGAGCUGCUACAAGUAUAUCAUCAGCAGCUUUAGCUGCUGUUACAAACUAUAUGCGCAAUUUUCAAGGGAGCAGCAGUACUUCAAGCCGAUAUGGUGACGCUCUCAUCCAGGCGGCAUUACACCAAUAUUCCGCCACGAUUCUUCAAAAGCCAGACUACGCAUUACUCGCUCACGGCACUCUCAUCGACCCGAGGUUAACAUCAUCUACAUAUGAUCCUUACGACACUCCCGGGCUAUUAGGCAAGCUCACAGCCUUUCUGCGUCCAGGGCCGAACGAACCAGCGCACAUUCUCACCGAAUCCACUAAUGUCGGAGACUGUUGGAGCUUUCCUCAAGCCAGCGGUCAGGUAUCUUUGCUACUUGCAGAACCAAUUUAUCCGACCGAUGUUACCAUUGAUCAUGUGCCUAGGGGAAUAUCCGGGGAUGUUUCAUCGGCACCACAAGAAAUUGAGGUUUGGGUCAAAAUUGAAGACGAAUUUCUCCGCGACCAGGCUGGGAAGGCAGCCUCAGUGGCGAUUGGUGAGGUAUCUGAUAAUGCAUCUACUCGCCAUUACCUCGCCAACGGAUACGUCAGGGUCGCCUCUUUUAUAUAUGACAUCAACAGUCAAUACCCCAUACAAACAUUUGCUUUACCGAUUGAGCUAGAGAAGUUAGGCGUUUCUGUGCGAAGCGUGUCCUUCAGGAUCCUCAGUAACUGGGGACGCAAAGAGUAUACAAGUAUUUACCGACUCAGGGUCCACGGUAUUACACUGAAGGACCAGUUCGAAGGGCAGGAAACUGCGGCGAGGAUCUAG